AUGGCUCUUGUAUGCUCGCUUGAAGUAGUAAUUGUUAGCUUUGUAGUGGUUUCCUGUCUGUGUGGUGGUUCGCCUACACCAAAAUACGAAGACGAAAGUUCAUUAAUUCGAAUGAAACGUUGGCAACAGUGCGAGAUAUCGGGCGACUGUGGCCRAGACGAAUGCUGUGUCACCCUUCGCAGCUCUUCUAAAGUUAGAGCUUGUAAGAAAAAACCUCAGCUUGGCAAAAACUGCCGACCGAACAUAUUGCCCGGAUUAAGCCAUUCCUGUCCUUGCAGUCUAGGCCUGACAUGCGCAUUGACGUCUAUGGACAACUUUGGAAGACAUGAUGUGUUUCGAUGCGUACUUGUACCCGAACAAGAGAAGGAAGUUGAAGCUCGAAGAGAAUAAUUUUUUUUUACUGCACUC